GCUCGGCAAGCAACCUGCACGCGGCUCAAGGGACGUCCAACUCUGCGCGCGCUCCAAGCUUGAGUUUGCCCGGAUUCAAACCUCGCCCGAGCGUGGAGCUGGCUGUGUCGGUGGGCUGCAAGGCGGUGCAAGAUGUGCCGCAGAUGCUAGUGGUUCUGUUCAAUAUCGGUCAGGGACAGCGACCGGAGGAAAUAUCACGGACGGAGAUGCGGAGCUCACUUUCACUCCGGUCAUGCGGCGGCGAUUACUACGCUCGAGACUUCAACGCCUUGCUGUCCGUUCCUCGUGCUGCGCGCUCGAUGCUGCAGUUUGAGGUGUACUCUGUGGUAAAUCCUUCCUCCGAGUCUCUUGAGCACCAGAAAUCGCUUGGAUUCGUGCGGGUUUCAGCGCUGGACGUGUUGUUUUCGCGUGAAUCGUCCAUGCUGCUGGAGUGUCACCAGAAGGACUCAGCCAAGCAACAGCUUUACUAUCUCAUCCUGGACCGAUUUGUCCCGCCCAGCCACAGCAUCAACGUGAGCCACGCGUACACGUAUGCGAAGCACCACUUCUUGGUGGACACCCAGCAGAUGGAGAAGCGCAAGUCAGGGGACCUGGCUAGCUCUGCUAUCAGCUUGAGGGGCGGUUUAAGCUACAGUGAGAUGCUUCGCGGUCAGGUGGACUCGUCCACGCCCAACCACAUUCUGGUUUCCGAGGAGUUGUCGGCAUCGUACGUGUCAGUCUCGAUGACUGUCGCUUUUCUCAAGUAUCUCCAGCGUCGUAACGUCACCCGCAUCGACGAAGCGAAGCAGGUGAUCCAUGACAUGCGGCAACAUAUUCAGGCCAACUCGGGCGCGAAUGCUUCUUCCAGCGCUCGCGUGCAAGAUGUGGAGGAUCGGAUGCGGGACGUGGAACUUGAGAUGGCUCACUACAUGCGGCUCCAUGCGUCCUAUCAAGAGAACCUCAAGCGAUAUGAGACGAUGCUGGCCUCGCUUGAAGAUGGACGAGAGCAGGGCAUCACUGGAUGCCUGAAACGGAGCAAUAUGAAGAAGGACAAGGCCACAGCCUUCAUGGCAACCAAUCUUAACUGUCACCUAGUGCGUGGAAGGCGGGUGCAUCUGGCAGACGAUGCUGAGAGAAGCGAGCAGGCUCGACGAGGCAGUUUAGCCUCCACAUCGUUGGACGAAGACUCUACAUCUGAUGAUAGCGAUAGCGAGACGUCCGCCGCAUCCGAGUACGUGUACUCAGUGGUGACCCACGGCUGUGCUGCCGCUCACAUUAUGGGGUUCAAGGAGGGUGGCUUGCGUCGCCUUCAGCAGCAGUUGGUGUCUCAAAGCCCACCGGACCCUCGUCUGCGCGAACGCAUUGAAAUGAGAGAAGACAUUGUGCGCUCGCAGGUGCUGGCUAUUGCGGGUGCUUCAUUCCUGAAUGCCGUAGGUCUGGCUGCAACUCGCGGUGGUCUGCACCGCCAGCGCCUGCAGUUGUCCUGCUCGACGGGCUUUUUGCUGAGUAUCGAGUCGUUGCUGAGCACGGUUGGUGCCGAGAAGGGAAUGCUUGAGGAUAUGUCCGAGGGCGUGCGGUGGCUCAACAGUGUUGUCAGCUUCCAGCUUGUCCAGUCUGGAGAGACCAACCCGCGCAUGGAAAUGUCGAAGUGCGUUAGUGUCACAAGCACCCCAACCGGCGACCACGUCGUGGUUGCGUUCGCUGUCCCGCCUGACGUGUUUGCGAAACUGCCGGAAGUGCUCCAGCAAGGCCACGCGAUUAAACUGCACGGAGUUAUGUUCACCCAGGGCAUCAAUGAGAUGCAGUCAGUGGCUAAUCACUACCUGAACUCCAGUCUGCAGGAUGAGCUCAACUUCGAGAGUGUGCAGAUGUUGCAGCGGUAUUUCCGAGUGUACCAGACCCAAGUGAUGGCUGGCGCAGUUGAUGACAAGAAGCGGGGAGCAGAUCUAGCGGAGCUGGCUGAGCUACAGUCAGAAAUUGAAGCGCUGACGGGCCGACUCAACAUUCGCACGGAGAAUGUGCAGAAGAAGUUCGUGAAUAUCCUCAUCACGUCCAGUGAUAUCUGUCGGCGUCUAGGGGCAGGACGCACGACGUGCUGCAAGAGCGGCAAGGACCGCACGGCGAUGUCCGUGACGCUGGAGACUUCGCGGCUGCUGGUGGACCACUUCCACGUGAGGCAGGGGGUGCACCUUUGCAACGCCAUGAGGGAACGCGGCGUGCGGCGGGUCAACGUGUUGGCAAAUACCGGCAAAACCAAGUUCGCAUUCAACUCGUUCCAGCUCAAGUACAUUCCUGACUGCUACAAGCCGCCUCUCGCCUGCGCGGACUCCCACGUGGCUUCUUAAAACAAGCCGUGGGGCUUUGCUGAAAGGUCUAGUAGGUAAGCUUGCCGUGCUCUUAGCCGUCUGUGAAUUGAGUUCGUUGUACUCUGUAGGGUCGAGGUGUCAAUCCCACAAUGGAUCGUUCAUCAUUUUGAGCUCCUUCUCUCGCUUCCGGCUGCGCUGCAACUUCUGGACCUGUGUCAUAUCCGAUGAGUGAGUGAGUGACUCGUCUCCCACGCCAGGACUUCCAAGUGACGCACCGCAAAGCGAAGCUUCUGCUCGUGCUCGCGGUUGCUCUGCUCCAGCUCCUCGACCUUCGCUUGGAGGGCGGCCACUGUCGGGUUGAAGUGGGUGGCUUCGUGGAGCUGCUCCUCCAGCGCGUUGAUCUGCUCGCGAUACUUCUGACGAAGCUCGUGCUGACAAUAUUCGUGAGAGAACUGCAGGCCAGUGUAAAAAGCGACGACGGGAACCCAAGGCUCACCUGCUGAUGAAGAAGCUGCGCGGCGAUUUUCUCUCCGAGUGCUGCCACCUCUGAGCGCUGCGUGCGCAGAGCGUCUUGCUGUUCCAGCAGAUGGAGCAGCAGUUCAUCUUUCUCACGCGACCCGAUUUUCUCCAGCGCCGCUCUUACGGUAGGCGAGGAUCCUUCGUCCACACUACCGGUCUGCUCCUGGUCUUUCUCACGUUGCCACAGGGUUCUGAGCUGUAUGGCGAGGUCCUCGACGGAUGCUGACGGCGAACUGGCGAGAUCAGGGCCUGGGUCAGCUUCAUCACUUGCCUGUCUGGAGGUUGGCGCGUCCGAGUCGCCCGUCGGAUGUUGAGAAGUUCCGGACUGAAGAGCAGCGUGAGCUUCCAUGGCUCGUUGCAGACGAAUUGCAGCUGGCACCUGGGGACCGAUGAGCCAAGCAAAGGUAAAGUGUGGAUGAUGCUAAGCGAAUAUGGACGCGGAGGGAGACUUACGACAAGGCGCUCGCUAGAUCCAUUGCUUCCGCUGAAGAAGGAAGAGCGCGAGUGAGCCAUGACCGGCGGCUUCAAAGGUAAGGUGAAGCAACCGUCUUGCGCUCUGUUGGCUUGGUGAAGAGUCGUAACGACCAUCGUCAUUUACAGACUCGUCACAGAAGUAUUUGGAGUCUGUUCGACGGACAGGACGGAACCUGCUGAGUAUGAUGCGAGAAUCCUUUUAUUUAGUGGUCUAUGAAAUGUGCAAAGUUUGGUGAAGGAGGCCGCGGCAGGAAGCGAGCGACUCAGAGAUCGAACUCUUCCUCGUGGACGUCAAAGUGGCACAUGCCAAUAGCCGUGAUGGCGUUCUCAGUGGAUCGUUUCAAUGCUUCCGAUCCCGACACAAAGACCCCCACAGUCGAGUUCCCAUUGGAAACAACUUCCGGGUGCGUGGCCACGAAUUGCUUGUGCGAGUCGUACACUUUCCGCAUGAGCUCGUCCAUACUUGGGCGAUGGCCGACGUCCACCUGGUACUCCGAGAUGAGGUCGCGGAAUGUGUGCACGUCGCUGGCGUAUGGCUGGACACCUCCCGGUGUGACCGACUGCCCGAAUGCGUCCACAGUCUCCUUGUUCGUCUUGGCUUCCGCAAAGGUGAAGGCGUAGACCACCAGCAUGACGACAAGAAUCACCACCACAAUCUCCACGAAAUUCUGCAGUGGCCAGAGGUUCUUGUCGUCCACCUGUACCUUGGUCCCGUACUUGACCGCGAUCCAGAUCACCAGCGUCAGGAAGAACGACAGCGUGUAC